UAGCUGGCUUCACAUUCCGUCGUACAGUCUUGCUGGUAGAAAAGCAAAGUUUUCUCUUGUAUUCUUACAAUUUGUUCACACAUCCAAGGCUAACUCAAAUUCAGUGCCCAUUUUUAUCGGCUAACGUAAAUUUAAUCAAUUUAUUAAAUUAUGGAUGAGGAUGAUCCUCCACCAGUUGCUCCUCCAGUCCCUGAACCUCCUCAGCCAGAUGAUAGAAGAUUGUGGAUUGGGAAUAUGGAUCCCAGGAUAACCGAGUAUAAAUUCCUGAAAAUGGUGGAAAAAUUUGGAAAACUGGCGGAAUUUGACUUCCUCUACCAGAAGAGUAGUGGAGACAAAGGGGGCCUGGGUGUGCCCAGAGGCUAUGCUUUUGUCACUUAUGAGGAAUCAGCCAGUGCCCAGAGUGCCCAGCGCACCCUGGAUGGACUUGACGUUGCUGGCCGUAGACUAGCAGUCAAGUGGGCGCACCUUCAAGAUCAAAACAAAUAUCUAACUAGUAGAGCACAAAUGAGUAAGCCGGCACCUGCGGUCCUGCGUGUAAAACCUAGAGAUCCAUCUGCUGCAUCAGAUUCUAAAAAUAGCCUGUCGGACCGAAUAGCCAACGUCGAGGCCGCAAUCUCUGCCCUUGCCACCCAGCCCUGCGACACGCUCUCGGUCACACCUGACACCGGCAGGGACGCCACGAGGCCCACUUAUAUAACCUACAAUUUUAUCGAGCGCAAGCCCCGAGGGCAAGAUGUCUCCAGCAGCUACAGGCGUGGUAACUACAAGCCUUAUAACAAACACAAUAGACCUCAUCGCAAGUGACAUAACUCGCGGGACUCUACUUCAAUUUGUGCACAGACGUCUUUCAGCAAUAGUCAGCGUUAUACAUUUAUGUUUUAUCUUCUCAGGAUCAAGAUAUACACGACGAGCAAAUUUUUCCGUGAUCACUCAGAUGUGAUUUUGCUCUUUGAAUCUUCCCAACGUUGAAAUGGUUCAAAUUGAGAAAUGACACAUUUUCGCGAGGAGCUGCAGAUAAUUAGUUUUGUACAACUCUUCCUCAUCUACACCAUCAUCAUUGUUUUCAUUAGGAUGGUAAUCUCACUUAUACUUUUCAUAUGUCCUUCAGCCACCUGUGUGGGUACGGAACGCUGGAGUAUUUUUAAAGACGACAAUUGUAUAAAUAUUACUUCUUUGCAGUUGCGUGAUUAGUGUAGAUACGUUUAUGUUGUUGCAGCUUUUCUUCACCUGCAUGCUGGCUGCGAUUAGCAGGUAUCUUUAAUAAUAAUGGGCGUUUUUAAACUAACCUACGAGUUACCGUCAUUUUGUGUUCACUUUUAACAUCAAUCGAUAAUGCAACUAGGUAUGGAGCAAUGAUGGUAGCAAUUGUUUUAGAGAUGCAAGUUGGGAAACAAGGUAUUUUAGUGCAUGGCAGGUCGGUAUUAUGUCACUUGAUUGUUAAUUUUUAUUUGAGGAAGAAAAUGGUUGAGGAGUGCUGGUGAAGGAGUUACAUUUCGUACUAGUCGUCGUGCUGAUAUGAAGAGUUUCUCUAUAUACGUAUAAUCAUCAUGUGUGAACUUCGUGGCGGCAAGACAGAUGACGUGAGAAUCUCAGUAAUUUUAUUCAUGUUUUACUCUUCAUCAGCUCUUGUACAAUUAGUGUCAUAAAUUUGUGUCUUCCUCGCAUAUGACAAAUUUUCAGAGGUUCUUGAGAUUUAUUUUGGCCACGGUUUGUGCGAUAGUUUUUAUAUCGCUUGGAGCCACGCGGCAGCAGCCUCCUAUCACCCGCGCUCCUCGCCGCGCCCACUCCUCCACUGGCCACUCCAGGGGGGCUGGGUUUGACGUCCACCUGCGUGCCAUCAAAUUUACAGUCAAAUACAUUGUUCUUUAGCAAUCAUCUGUUCAGUUUUCAUUCAAAUACUCAACUAAAUAGUCCUACCAAUGAAUAAUGUAUCAUCGAUUACACGAGAAUCGUGUGUUCUAGUCUUAAUACUUUGUAAAUGUAUCCACUAAACGUGGAAAUUCUGCGGAACAUUCAAUAUUUUGGUGACUAAUGAAUUGAAAUGUUUAUUUUAAGUUAGCGAGUUAGGCAAUCUUUGUAAACAACUAUUCGUGGUGAAUGCGAGAUAGCAAAAUUACAACUUGUCCAAUUAAUUCACCAUCACUUCACUCUAUUUUCAGUGUUCACUGAAAAUUAAGUAAAUUUGUUUAUUUGUCGGAUAAGUAUGUCACUCGCGUCCAGGUAGGCCAAAUAAAAUGUAACUUUUAAAAUAAAAAUAAACAUGAAAAAAAUUAACUGUUGUAUAUGAACGCAUACAUGACAAUCGAAUUGAAGCAUUUGGGAGCAGGUUUAAUUUUGUGAGCCGGUAGUCAGUCAGUCAAAAUGAAUUUAGCAAUCUAAGGUUGUAAGUAUUAAUAUCGAAGUACGUAUUAACUAGUCUAACCCCUUGCCAGCGACCCAAAUCUCGCCAGAAUUAGGGUAAACAAUUCUGGGCAUAAUAUCUGGAGGAGGCACUCCAGGGUGCCCAUCGAGGGACUCCAGGAGAGGCAGAACGAGGCUGGGGCACGAGCAAUUGACCCCCACGCCCACCAGGGCAUCACCGCCCACCGAACAGCACCGCUGCACGGCGGAGCCGAAAUCGUUCCCUGCAUUGGUGUGUUUACCGUCCUGAGGAAACAUAAUUAAAAAAUAACGAUUCGGAAAUUAUUUCGAUGAAUCACAAUUCAAUAAUUACACAAAUUUUGAAAGUAGACAAAACUUUUGUUAUCGAACUAACGACCAACAUCCCCCAGUAGUUAUGAAUGAUACGUAACUGAUUGUUCAUUUGUAAACACUGACAUUACUGUAAUUAUGUUCCAUAUGCUGACUGGUUAGCAAUUCUAUAUGAUUAGUACCUAUUCUAAUUCCACUAACCUUGCAUGAAAAAGUGAUCCAAGCCUUUGUGCCGGGAAAUUCUCGGAGUAAUCUGUUGAGGAAAUGUACGUCAGUCCCUUCUCUUGUUAUAUACUCGUAUGAUUGCAAUUCCUAAUUUCUUUUCAAGUGCUAAUUUUAAACUAAGUAUGAACUAUGUCAUCUAUGUCUGCUUAAUCAAAAUUAGAGCUGAAUUUGUGAGACUUAUUGUCAGGUUUUUGACGAUGUCAAAACACUCUUCGAUAGGGCAAUUUUUUUGCAUCCGUAGAAAAUAACCCUUCAUCGCUCUUAGUUGAAUUAAUACUUACUUAAAAACCAAAAAAUUUCUUCAAGCCUUAUGACAUAAUCGCGGGUUAAAUCUAUAAAUUUGUAUUUGCCCAUUUUCCAAUUAAUAAAUUAACCAUUUUCA